UUUUGAGUACACAAUUAUUAUUUCUAUCUAAACAUUGUAUACAUGUACAUGUAGAGAUGGUGACGCCACAGUGAUUCUCCUUGACUUUUGAAAGCCAGAGCUUCUGUCGCUCCUCUUCCUGAGUCCUCGUAGUCUCCACAGAGCCAGUAUAGUAGAAGGUCUUCUCCUGUCUCAUUCAGUCCUUGGUGCCACUCAAGCAGGAGGUGGAGCUUGACAGGCAGCACAUCAGAAACAAUCUGUCAACAACAGCUUUUAAACUCUUGAUUGUUGCUGCUUGACAACAUCUGCUUGUUCCAGUAUUAGCUAUGCAGAUCUUCAUGUUAGUGGUUUUAUUCACUGGGUUUACUGGUGACAGUCAUCAGCAAACCAUCCACUCAAUCCAGGGCAGUCCAGUCCAGGCUCUACAAGGAGACGACGUGACUCUCUCCUGCAACUACUCUUCAGCAACAGACUUCUUCUGGUAUCGGCAGUACCCCAGCUCACCUCCCCAGUUCCUAAUCAAAGAUUACAUGGAGCUAUCUGGAUUUACCUUGAAAAAGGACAGUGAUAAAAAAAUGUUCCAUCUGGAGAUCUCCGCUGCUGCCGUGACAGACUCUGCUCUGUACUACUGUGCUGUGCAGCCCACAGUGACAGGAAACACAGACUCCCUGUACAAAAACCUGACAAGGAACUUGAAGAGCAUUUGUCAUUACCUUAAACUGUGGUUCAGGGGAGGCGCAUCUGGAGAGGUGAAUUCACACCAGGAGUCUAGGAGCGAUUAUUUCUUCUGGUACCGUCAGUAUCCUGUAGAACCUCCACAGUUCCUGCUGUACAUCUCAGGGCUUGGUAUCAACAGGACAGCUGAGUCUCUUGGUUCAGACAAAAGGUUUUCCACUGAACUGACUGAAGAGAAGACUGGAGUGGAUCUGAAGAUCUCCUCUGUUGCAAGUGUAAAGGAGAAGACAGAGUGA